AUGGCCGCCCUCGCUCCUCGAGUCCUGGUCGGCUGGUGGCUGCUUGCCAGUGCUGCGGCUGUCCAGGACCGCUUCCAGUUCGGCGCCAUGGAGACGGGCCCGGCCUUGUCGCCGCGCCUCUACCAUGCCUCGCCGGCCGUCCCACUCCGGAACCGCCAGUUCCAAUGCGCCGCCGGCCUCCACCCAUGCAACGAGAUUGGAGCUGUCGGCGACAGCUUCUGCUGCGCCAACACCGAAUACUGCAUCGUGAACCCUACCGCCACGUCUCAGGCGGGAUGCUGCCAGAUCGGCGCCACGUGCGGCGCUUCCCCGUGCAACGAGAACCAGUACAUCUGCGCCAGCACGGCCACCAUCACGUCGGCCGGGUCGACCAUCACGUCGGUGGAGCCGGCGUGCUGCUCGCGCCAGUGCACGGCGACGUCCAUGUACGGCUGCCCCUCGUCGCUCGGCGGCGGCUGCUGCUCCUACGACUCGGUGUGCCGCUCCAACCGCCAGUGCGUGUCCACCGUCAUGCCGACCUCGUCGUCGAGCCCCCUGGUGCCUAUGAUCCCCGCCGGCUGCACCACCAGCCAGAUCUCGUGCGCCUCCAGUCUCGGGGGAGGCUGCUGCGCCGUUACACAGUCGUGCACCCUCUUCAGCUCCUCGGCCCACUGCGCCGACGUCACCACGACGCCAACCGGCAGCGGCAUAACCGAGGUCGAGCCCGGCAGCACCGGCGGGCUGAGCACCGGCGCCAAGGCCGGCGUGGGCGUCGGCGUUGUCGUAGCCUUUGGGCUGCUGAUCGGCGCCGCCACGUGGUGGUGCCUGCGACGAAGACGGCGGAGCGACAGCUCGAGCAGCUCGCACCGGCCGCGGCCGACGGGCGUCAUCGGCGCGCUGGUCGGCGGCGGGCCCAACGGAGUCGGGAGGGGCGAGAUGUCGGACAACGACACGACCGACAUCGUGUCGCGCGGCGGCCCGCUGCCCGGCAUGGCGCACGACUACUUCGGCCCCGACGCCGUGCCGGGCCCCUACACCGACAACACGCCGCCCGACACGUCGGCCGUCACCACCCCGGGCGUCGAGCACAGGGACAGGCUCGGCGCCUUCCAGCCCCACGACCCCGACGACAUCGCCGUGCCCGUCGAGAUCGACUCGCGCAUCAGCCCGUCCCAGCGGCAGCAGCAGCAGCAGCAGCAGCAGCAGCAGCAGCAGCAGCAGCCGCCGCCGCUGCCGCCGCUGCCGUCGGAACCGCCAGGCGACAUCUCCCCCGCGGCGCCGCCGCCUGUUGUGCCACAGCCCCACUACCCCUCCGGCGGGCGGUUCGAACUGUACGGCUCCAGCCCGACGGAGUACGUGUCUCCAACCUCGCCGGAACCGCCCGACGACAGGGCGCGGUGA